CAUCAGUUGCUCAGCCACGAGGGCGCGCAACAGGGUUGUGCACUCGCGCGUUCAAGUAUUUGUACCCACAUGCUCGUUCUCAGAGCUCAGUCAGCGUUUGACUCAGUGGUGGCAGCAGGGGUUCGAGGAUUUCCACUUGUCAGUUACUCCCCGAUCCCGAAAUCAAGUGCAUCCCCUCAGCUAAAAUGUCAAAGUUGGAUCAGGUCCUCGUCCUUGACCCUCCCUCUGACCUCAGAUUUAAAGGUCCUUUCACAGAUGUCGUCACCACCAGCCUCAAAUUGAAGAACCCUUCUGACAAAAGAGUGUGUUUCAAAGUGAAGACGACAGCGCCGCGCCGGUACUGUGUACGGCCAAACAGCGGCGUCAUCGAUCCGGGAGCAACUGUCAGCAUCUCUGUCAUGCUACAGCCCUUUGACUAUGACCCCAAUGAGAAAAGUAAACACAAAUUCAUGGUGCAGACGAUUUUUGCCCCGCCAAAUGUUUCUGACAUGGACUCAUUGUGGAAAGAUGCAAAACCCGAUGAUCUCAUGGAUUCCAAACUGAGAUGUGUCUUCGAGCUGCCUUCUGAAAACGAUAAAGUGAAUGACGUGGAGGCGACCAAAGCAGCCCCCGUGAUGAACUCUGCAAAGGCCGACUCAUCAGCAGCCACAGUGCCUGCCACUGCCUCACUGGAUGAUACAGAGAUGAAGAAGGUGCUGGAGAAGUGCAAGAGGCUGCAAACUGAGAUGAACAAGCUGGCUGAGGAGAACCGGCAAUUAAAGGACGAUGGUGUUAGAAUGAGAAAGGUACCCCGCUCAGACCACGUGACAUCAAACUCAACCAGCCUCCUCGGCCGAGAAGCCGGCGCCGCCUCCCUGCCCUCCCUCCUCGUCGUCAUAGCAGCCAUCUUCAUCGGUUUCUUCCUAGGGAAGUUCAUCUUGUAGACUGGGAGAUGCAUGCCAGCCGUAUCCCCCGCCCCGGCUCCGGAAUAAAAAAGGCCUGGAAAAACCGAGAAGUCUUUCUGUUGACUUUGCCAUAUCAUUGGUAGUGUGGCCUACAGUGAACACAUCUGUACAGCAUCAUUCGAAGGCGUCGCCUUUUUACAAUCUCACACGGUUAGUACACACAGAGAGCUGAGAAAGAAAGGCGACAAAAAAAGUGAUUGCUCCCUUUUUGGUUUUCUGUUUUUGAUGGCUGGAUUAUACAGGUAAUGUGGCGGGACAAUGAAAGUUGUAUUCUAUCAGUCAACAUGGAAGAUGCACCUAAAGUGAACCAUGGGCAAGAGGCAGUCAAAAGAUUAGAUUUUUUUUUUUCUCUCUCUCUCUGUUGUUUUUAAUAGGAAUUGAAUGGAAUGUUAGGUGUCUUGUAAAUGUUGUUUUAAAUCCUUUUAAUCAAAAAAGGAAAGAACUUCCAUCAAAAGACCUUGCUACCUGUUGCUGGAUUGCCUCUGAAGUAAAUUUGUUCAGUUUGUAAUUUCUACUUCUUGUCUUGGAAUGUUCAGGUCCAGCUGGGGAUAUAGGUGCCUCCUUCUUGUACAUUUCUGUCCUUUUCCUGACAACACCAAUGCAGACUUUAUAUUAUUAUUAUUAUUAUUAUUAUUAUUAUUAAUAAUAUUAUACUACAGAUCGUAUAUUCCUUCUGAGGCAAAUAUUGACUGAAAUAAGGUCUCCAUUCUUAAAAUCCUGUCCCAUGGUAUUAAGCGUUGAAGAAAUAAAAACGAAAAAAUGUGGUUUUGA